AUAUACAUAUAUCUUCUUAUUUUCCACAUUGAACGAGAAGUCUGGCAUUUGUUAUGUGUGAAAAGCGUAAUAUUGUGAAUUAUUCAAAGUUCGUUACUGUUUGUUGUGCGCCUAACAAUGUUUUUUAAAAUUCAACAAACCAUUUGAUAUUUAUGAAACUUUUCACAUUCAGAGAGCGAAAUAAAAGAUUAAAGGAUGAAGAACUGAAACGAAAACGUGAAGUGUAUAAACUAAAGGCUGAGUGACUUCACUGCAACUUUCUAAAGACUAUUUUCAUUUUUUUGAUAAAUAAAGAAGUUACUUGGUCAUCAUCAUCUUGAAGGAUGGAAAUUUUAUGUUCAAUCGUGUUGUUGAUAACACUGAAAGCUGUGCAUUCAGAAAUAAAAACAGAUUACGAAGUUAGAAACAUGUUAAAGGAUAUGCUCCAAGACUAUGAUCCCAAAUUGAGACCACAUUACUUAGGACCUCCAGUGAAUAUAAGUGUGGAUGCCACCAUCUUAUCUUUCACAAACUUGGAUGCUAUCAACAUGAUGUACACUGUCGACAUGUUCUUUCGACAACGGUGGAUGGAUCACAGACUGCAACACAAAUUACCAGUACCACUUACUAUUAUUGUUGGUACAAAACAUCCGUCUGAUAUAAUUUGGACACCGGAUACUGUUUUCAUUAAUUCUGUAACAAGUGCCAUGCACCAUGUGACUGUGAAUAAUCAUAAACUGGAUAUUUACCCCAAUGGCUCAGUGUUUUGGGGCACAAGGGUAACCGUUUCGCCUUCUUGUUUUCUGGAUCUGAAAGCCUAUCCAAUGGAUAAACAAAAGUGUAUGUUUGAGAUCCUUAGUUAUGCAUAUGGAUCAAAGCACUUACGAUAUGAAUGGUCGAAAGAACCAGGUGUUAUUAUCAUGGAUACGAGAAUGGCUCAAUUUAACCUUGUUGAAUUUACAACUGAUGUUAAAGAAUAUACAUAUGUAGCUGGCAAUUACACCGUCCUACUUGGUUUUUUUGAAUUUGAACGUUUGAUGGGUUUUGCAAUUCUUCAAAUCUACAUUCCAUCUAUUGCUGUUGUGUGCGUAUCUUGGAUUUCCUUGUGGAUCAGAAGAAAUGCUACACCAGCUAGAGUUGCGCUUUGUAUCACAACACUUUUGACAAUCUCAACCAUAUGGUCGGCUGUUAAUGCAACUCUACCACGAGUCAACUACGUCAAAGCAAUCGACAUAUUUUUGAUGACGUCAUUCGUUUGUGUUAUUUUUACACUUUUGGAAUAUACUGUCGUGCUGAACUCUGGUAAAAUUCUGAAUAUAUUUCGGAAAAGAAGAAAAAAGUCAAUCCCUGAAGAAAAAAUGGGAUUUAUUAAUUCUAUGACGAAGCAAAAUGGCCGAACAAUGGUGGAGAACGGCAACAUAUGGACUUCCUUGGAUACUCAUAGAAUGGAGACAAUAAGAAAUAGAUAUCCUGACACUAACAAAAAAGAAAAAGAAGUAAAAUGCGAUUUUACGAUAACUGCUGCGAAAAAGAAAGAGGAAGAAGAAAACGAGAAAUUUGCUGACCGAAUUGAAAUGUUCGCGCGUGUUUUCUUUCCAUUGGUUUACACAACAUUUAACGUAUUUUAUUGGUUAACGUACUUGAGAAGAGACGUAGAAGAAUGAUCCACUUAAAGUCACAUUUUAAAUCCUUGUCGGAUUAUUAACUGUCAAAUUUGGUAUUGGUGAAAAGCUUAUAAAACGUUGCUAAAUCAUAGUUGUAAUAGCUUCCGAAAAAAGCAAAUAAGUUCAUGUGAACUGACACAGCCAAAUGAAGUGCAAAAGUGCAAAAACGUUAUAUGAAGCGCUAAUUGCGAAAUUUGUUGAAGUUUCUUAUUUAUUUUUUAAUCAUGGUUAAUAUGGGAGAGAUUUAAGUGGAUGAUGCAUCGUUACGUAAUCCAGGGGCAGGGGGAAGGGGGUGGUGGUGGGGGUGGUAAAGCAUAACAAUUUCUGUUUGUGCGUCAGCCCCCAGUCACGAUAGGACUGUAUAAUGGUAAGUGACUAACUUGCCACUACCCCAACCCUAACCAAACCAUCUCUAAAAAGAUUGGUUGCCUGAUUUGAUAUUAUAAUAAAUUAUACGAAGGUUGUUUUUUCUUUCCAGCGAUAGAAAAAUUUUGAGUAGCCAAAAACUCUCCUUAUAAAACCAGUCAAUUGAAAUUUUCACGAUAUUAAUCUAUUAUAUUUACGUGUCGAUUUUGUACUUUUUUGAGUUUUUUGAUACAUGAAUAUAUAUAAACACGACUCUCUAGUUUCA